AUGCGAAAAUAUAUCAGUUGCCUCUUCCUCCUCGUAGUGGUCGCUUUGGUUAGCAGCAGAGCUCCACAUUAUGAUAUAAAUGACGCUCCAGGUUUGUUCGAGAAAUUUAUGAAGGCCUACAGUCGGCAUUAUAAGGAUGAAGAAGAUAAACAAGUUCACUAUGAAGCUUUCGUUGAAAGCUUAAAGAUGAUUAACGAAUUAAAUGAAAAUUCAGACUCUACUAUAUAUGACAUAAAUGAUUUCGCCGAUUAUACGGCAGAAGAAAAGGAGAAAGUGCAUGGUUUCAAUUCA